AUGCAUGGAAGAAUAGAUAAACUUCGUACAUCAAGAAUCAAAAGGCGUAAAGUAAUUAAAGAUGAGAUGCUGUGUGAGGAUGAAAGUAACAUCAGAACGCAAUCUGGAGACGACGACAUCGUCUCGUUUAACCUACGCCAAAAGUUAUUUGCACAACGGAAGCCUGUUUGGGAAGCUUUGUUUAAAAAGUACGAAUCAAAAACAGAAGAGGUCAGUUCAGAAGACUGCAUUAGCUUGGUUGGUGAAAGUUGGAAAUCAAAAGAACGGGAAUGCAAAUCUGCACGUCCCUCAUUAAAAUUGAAAAAUUGGCAUGAAGAAUUUAUUCCUUCCUGCACUUCAUCAAAGGACUACAGUGAACAACCUGCAGAAGUGGAUGAAGCCGCCGAGAAAAGCGAAGAUGUUGGAACCGUGGAAAACUCGGUUAUUAAUGAAAGUCGGGCUCGGAAAUCAAACUCUAUAAGGCAUCUCUCCAGUAGGGCUUCCAAUAUUGGUAAAAAGGACAAAAAAAAUAGUGUUAGUAAAGACAUCAGUCAAAACAUAUACCAGUUGCGUUCCAGAAAAAAAAGCAACGGCAAUUUUGAAAAGACAGCUGAUGCCGCUCCAGGUAUUAUUUCAAAUGGUAUUAAGAAACACCAGGAGAGAACAUUUGAGAAUAGAACUUAUGAAAAGACAAAUAAUGUAGAAAAAUUAUGUCAACAUGAAAGUUCAAGGGUGCAUGGGUUCAAAAAUGCAUGUAAUAAACAUGAUAACAAGACUUGCUUUGACACCGAGGUUAAUUUUGAAAAACAAGCACCAGUAAAAAUGGAUCUUAUAAAUUCAGCCAUUCUUUCUAAACAUGUUCUUGAAGAAAAGAAAAAGAAUUAUGGUAAUGGGGAUUUAAAAUUUCUGAAUGUUAAAAAUCUUGGAAACACAUCUCAAAAUUCUCCUAAUAAAAAAUUAGGUAUAGCACGUAAAGUAUAUAAAAAAAAUUGCAAAACUAAACAGGAAACGUAUGAAAAUAUUGCACAUGAUUCUCAACAUUCUUUUCUAAGUUUCAGUAUUGACCUCGUGGAUACAGACGAUGAGAGAAACGAUGAUUUUAGUUUGCCGUUGAAGAAAAAUUUUGAAAAACAAGGACAAAAGAAUGUUCAAAACAGCAAGUCUAUCGUGGUUCCUGAGGAAACUGAGAGAGAAAUGUUGAAAUGGAGAACUGAAUUCUCAAAUUUUAUCAAAUAUCAAUGGAAAGAUUUUCAAAAAAAUCCGGGAUCUAUGUUAUUUCCCCUCCCUAAGUUGAAGUCUUCUAAUCUUGAUGAAAAACUGAGUUGGGAGAGUAUUAUGAAUUCCAAUUAA